AUGUCUUUGGCACAGGACUACCCGUGUAUAAAUCUGCCCGUUGAUUCCCGAGAAGAAGUCGAGUUUUUCUUUCCAUCGACAUCAUCAAACAUAACAUCCAAAGCAAUCUGAACAUACUGCAUGCAAUCUUGCAAAGCGCAAACCUACAAACUCAUCGCUCCUCGCUCCUCCCGCUACCUGCGACCAGCAACCCGCAAGACCAACAUUACACUCUCCAGACCCUACAGUGUCAGGUCGCGCAACACCAACAUGUCUCUCUUCGCCAGGAACCUCUGCAACAACAACGACGACGUGAGCCUCGCUCCGUUCUUCCGCUUCAUCGACGCCUUUGACAACCACCAGAGCCACAAGCGCGGCGGCCAGGCGUCCGUCUUCCGCGCCUCCUUCAACCCCAAGUUCGACGUCGUCGAGACCAAGGAGGCGUACGAGCUCCAUGGCGAGAUCCCCGGCGCCGAGCGCAAGGACGUCUCCAUCGAGUUCACCGAGCCCCAGACCAUCACCAUCCACGGCCGCGUCGAGCGCCGGCGCACCGAGGGUAACCCGCCCGCGGGCCUGGUGGAGGGUGGCGAGCCGGCGACGACGGCGGCCAUCACCGAGGGCGGCGAGAAGAGGCCGGCCUCGCCCUCGAGCGAGUCGCACCACGCCACCGUGACGGACGAGGAGACCGAGGCGGCCAAGGAGCGCGGCGAGGUGGCCCAGUCGGGCGCCGCCGCCGCCGACCAGAAGCAGCAGCAGCAGGCGGCGGCGCCCAAGCACAAGUACUGGUUCCAGGAGCGCUCGGUCGGCGAGUUCCACCGCAGCUUCUCCUUCCCCGUCCCGGUCGACGAGGAGGCCGUCAAGGCCUCGCUCACCAACGGGGUCCUCCGCGUUACGGUCCCCAAGCAGGAGAAGCGCUCCAACCGCCGCAUCGACAUUGUCUAAGAGCAUUCGCCAAGUGUGGCGACGGAGGAUGGAUUUUCAACGACCCGCAUUCCGUACGAUGAGGAGGGGGUAAUAUCCUGAUUUUCGAGACUUUGGCAUUCAUUUUGAGGGGGAACUUGGAUGUAUUGGAGUUUACAGUUUGGACGUAUCCUUGUUGUUUCCAUUUUCAGACUUACACGCUGCUCAGCCCGGCACCAGACCAACUAAGAU